GUGCUCCGCCGGGCUCCCGCGACGUGGGGCUGGCGGAGCCAUGGAGCGGGCGCGGCGGGGACCCGCACCCGCACCCGCACCCGGACCCGCGCGGGGGACCCACGCGGAGGUGAGCGCGGCGCGCGUUCGCACGGCUGCCCGCUCCGCAGCGCUGGGGGCGGCGGGUCCUCUGCCCUUCUCCCCCCGUCCCCGCCUGGCCUCAGGGACCUGCCCGGCAGCCUGGUGCAGCAGCCCCCGCACGCUUUGGAUGGAGGGCUGCUGACCGGCUGUGCAGAAAUCUUUGCCAUUUAAAGCUACCCAGCCUCUCAUGCCACAACGAACCCAGAUGUUGAUACGGACUCUGACCUGCAGAGCGGUGCAUGGGAGAAUGGUAGCGCGACCGUAAGAUCAUGCUCUACACAAUGACAUGUUGGCUUCCAGUCCUGGGCCUCCAUUUGAUUCUCCUAAGCACAGCCCGGGUGGCCGCCUGCCCAGCACGCUGUGAGUGUGCCCCUCAGAUCAAGUCCGUGGUGUGUCAUCGCAAGCGUCUCACCUCCAUCCCUGAGGGGAUCCCCACCGAGACUAAGAUCCUGGAGCUCAACAAGAACCGGAUCCGCUGCCUGAACCCCGGGGACCUGUCCCCUUACCCUUUGCUGGAGGAGCUCGAUUUCAGCGAGAACAUCAUCACCAAUGUGGAGCCAGGAGCCUUCAGCAACCUCUUCAACCUACAGACCUUGCGGCUGCGAGGCAACCAGCUCAAGCUGAUCCCGCCUGGGGUCUUCACCAAGCUGGCCAACCUCACCCUCUUGGAUAUCAGUGAAAACAAAAUUGUCAUCCUGCUGGACUACAUGUUUCAAGACCUGAGGAACCUGAAGAACCUGGAGGUGGGAGACAAUGACUUGGUGUACAUCUCCCAAAGGGCUUUCUCUGGCCUACUGGGACUGGAGCAGCUGACCAUAGAGAAAUGCAACCUGACAGCCAUCUCUGCAGAAUCCCUCUCCUACCUCCAAAACCUGGAGGUCCUUCGGCUCCGACACCUCAACAUUGCUUCGCUGGAGGACCAGAACUUCAAGAAGCUCUACAAUCUCUUGCGGCUGGAGAUUGACAACUGGCCACUGCUGGAGGACAUCUCGCCCACCAGCUUCCAAGGACUGAAUCUCACAUCUCUGUCCAUCACAUAUACCAACAUCACGGCCGUGCCCACAGCUGCGUUGAGGAACCUUGUGUACCUCAGGUACCUGAACUUGUCCUACAACCCCAUCAACACGGUGCUGAAGGGCUCCUUCAAGGACCUCAUUAGGCUUCAAGAGCUUCACAUCGUGGGUGCUCUCUUGGUCUUAGUGGAGCCUCAAGCGUUCUCUGGCUUGAGGCAAAUCCGCCUCCUCAACCUCUCCAACAAUUUCCUCACAACCCUGGAGGAGAGCACCUUCCACUCUGUGAACACCCUGGAGACUCUGCGCGUGGACAGGAACCCAUUGGCCUGCGAUUGCCGCCUCCUCUGGAUACUACAGCGCCGAAAGACACUCAACUUCGAUGGGCAGCAGCCCAUGUGCUCCUCGCCGCCAGAGAUCCAGGGCAAUGCCCUGCGUGACUUCCCAGACUCCAUACUGUUCGAGUACUUCACCUGCCAAAAGCCCAAAAUAAGGGACCGAAAGCUGCAGCACAUAACAGCCCGUGAGGGGCAGUCCGUCUCCUUCCUCUGCCGAGCCGACGGAGAGCCCGUCCCCUCCAUCGUCUGGGUCUCUCCUCAGCACAGGAUGAUCACGACCAAAAGCACAGGGAGAGCAACAGUCCUCUCUGGGGGCACACUAGAAAUCCGAUUUGCCCAAGUCCAAGACAGCGGCACAUACAUAUGCAUCGCUAGCAAUGCGGGGGGCAACGACACCUACUUUGCCACCCUGACGGUGAAGGGGCACCCAGCUGACAGCUCUUUGUAUGCAAACCGGACUUUGUACCUCAGCGAGUUCAACGACACCUUCCACAACGACACGCAGGUCUUCUUAAAGUUUACACUGGACCUCAAAACCAUCUUGGUGUCCACUGCCAUGGGCUGCAUCACCUUCCUGGGCGUGGUGCUCUUCUGCUUCCUGCUCCUCUUUGUCUGGAGCCGGGGUCGGGGGCAACACAAGAACAACUUCUCCGUGGAGUACUCCUUCCGCAAAGUGGAUGGUCCCACCACCACCACCGGGCAGGGAGGUGCCAGGAAGUUCAACAUGAAGAUGAUCUGAGUGCCUCCGGGAGAGGGUAAUUGCUUGUCCACCGCUGCCAGCCACCAACGUGGCCAACCCAGGAUGGGGAGGGGGGAGGGAGGCAUCAGAGCAUCCUUUCUUUUCCAGUGACGGCUUCAUUUCCUCAGGCGGGUCCUUCUCCUGAGGACCGAGGCAGCAGGACUCACAGAGGGACCCGCUUCUGCUGGGACACUGGCUCAGGUCCACACAAGGGCUCAGAAGCAAAUGGGAAGAGGAAGUGAUUCACUUCCCCGGCCUUGCCACAAAACUGGAUUGAGCACCGCCGGAGGUCCAGGUGCCUGCUCCUGCAGCUUAGCGUCUUUUCUGAGCGCACCCCAUUCUCCGUGAGCUCUAGGACCCCCACACCUCCACACCGGUGAGGGCAGAAGGGGCUCGAGGAGGUGCCCCCCCCAGCCCCGUGGCUGUGGAGGCCUCCUGAUGUAGCUGACAUUUUUUUUGUAUCAACUAUGCAUUUCUCCAGCGGCAAGGCAAGCAGCGUUUGGGCCUGGAGAACCUGCUUCCCUUUUUUUUAAGAGACAAUCUCGGACCCUUUCUCGGUUGUUGUUUUAUGGCUCAUUUUUAAAUGUUUUUUUUAACAAAUUUCCAACUGAAGUCUUCCUGUGCAACCAUGGACAUGGGCACAGCGGGGAGAGGGCUGCUGCCACGCCAGCCCACGCACUGGCCUGGGAAGCUAGAGCAAGCGCGGGGCCACACUGGGGAGUUGCUGUGCCUUGGAAGAGCUCUUUCUAGCAUUUUUAAUAAGGGGCAUCUGUGAAUACAAGCAAUAAUAGCCCGACUCUGCAGUUCCUCUCAGGCACGUGGUUCUGUGCAAAUGUCAGUGCCAUGACGUGGCUCUGUCCUGCAUUACAUGAGAGGGUUCAGGCACUAGAAGUUAAAAGAAAUGAGGCAACAGCCAUGGGGUCUAGAGUCAGUAGGAAGAGAUGUAGCUGGGGAACAGGCUCCGGCAGUAAUGGCCAGGUCUCCAAGCCCCCACCACGUGCUUACCCAGCGCUCGUGUAUUGUCAAGAUGGGCCUAACAGUCAGUCCCCCAAGCUACAUCAGGCUCACUCAUGCCCUUGCAGGGGCUACCAGCUGCCGGGCCCCUGACAGGUGCAGGCACAGCUGGGACAGGUUAAGGAGGGGUGGAUCAAACCUAUGUCUCAAUGGGGUGCUUCAAACAAUCGCUGGGUAUUGAGAAGGUCUCACGGCCGCUGGCCUCUUUGCUUUCCCCACUCUCAUCAUUCCCCCUCCUUCCCCACAAGGGCUGCUCAGCAAAGGCAUGCUAAGCAGAGCAGACCCUGCCUGGCCUGAGUUGGUCCUCAUGACGUGAAGCAAGAGGCUGGAGCUGGUUCAGUAAAUCUCACGCUGCCUAUAGCCAAGCCAUGAGAGCAGAGUCCGCUAGGCUGGGCCUGGAAGGAGCAAUGGAGCAGGGAGGAGCUGCAGCUUUGCUCCCCAUCGGCUGCUUCCGUGGCUGAGCAGAAGGGGGGGAAGUUUGCACUACCAGCAAUGGAAGAGUUAUGGGAUCCCCAUUCCUGCUCCUGCCAGUGAAGCAGGGAGAGAUGCGGAGUGGAUCCAAGCCUACAGCCCCCUCAUCCCGAGAUGACAGGGAAUGUUGUGUUCGGCAGUGAAUCAAACUGUCCGUCUGAUUGCACACGUAUCGCAAUUGCAAAAUUAGGCGAGCAUUUACACUUGCACUAAUGUGCGUGCAAAGUUUGGGGGCAGUCCGGAGAGUCGGGCCAGCAUAGAGGGAACACUUGUAAGCCAAUAGAGUGGCGCAGGUUGCAAAAGCAGGGCUGAUCCUGGCCAGGACAGAGAGCCUGACCCCUAAAGAAAGCGGUCCCUUCCCCUGACUCGGCAUCUCAGAGUCCUUUGCAUCGAGGCAGUCUCUACUUCGCCCAGCCAGCACCGUGCUUUGCUUUUCAAGGUCUGCAGGGCCCGUGGAGACCCUCUAGACAGUGGAAAAACAGGGCCAGAUGGUCUUGUGCCUGUGGGGCAGUAAUAAGGUUGGAAAAUAAACAGAUACUUAGCCAAUGUCAAAGCAAAGGCUCCUGCCCUCCUCUCCCCCAAGGCCCCCGCAGAGGAACAAGAAGAGAGCCCUUCAGCACAGCAAGUCCGCCCCGCUUUGGCCAUCUCCAUCAGCCCUGCUGCCCGCUGUCACCGAGGGAACAGAGGUCUGGUACGUGUGUGUGUGUGUGUGCGCGCGCAUGUAUGUGUGUGUGUGUGUGAGAGCGUGCGUGCACACGUACGUGUGUCUGUGCAUGUGUGUGUGCGCGCGCGCGCGUGCGCACACGCGCCUGUACAUCCCCAGCAACUAAUAAUAGCUCUUGUUGAUGAUACAUUUGUGCCACAACAUUUUCUGUUAACAAAUUAAGCAGCUGUCUGGUGGAGCUGAAGUGAAAACAUUGAUCGUGUCAGACCAAGACAGUCCAUAUGGCGGGAGAUUAUUUUUCUAAGAGGAAGACGGGGCAGGACAGGCAGGGAAGCAAGCGAACCUCCUGCGUGGGUGUGACUGGGCUCGCUGGUUCGGGCCAGACCGUGCGGUGGAGGUUGGCACUCCAGGUUGCCAGCCCUCCAGGUUGGCACUCAUGCAUUUAGUCACGACUGCACCGGCUCCUUCCUGCCCCUGGGACGGUGUUUCUGUACAGUGCAGCUGGCUCGUCAGGUCCCUUCCAUCAGGAGCAGUCUUCUGCCACCUGUCUUCUCAUUAGCCUCCCCGUUCCUUGUGUUAAGCAGAGCUGGCAGGCCCUCCGUCACUGCAGCACACCGAUCCCAUACCCCGCACCCAGAAUUCGACGCUAUUUGGGUGCCUCUCGUUAAGUAGGAUUGGCAUGUUGUUGUAGCCGUGAUGGGCCAGGACAUAUGCAAGCCGCAGACGGGGAGGGUUUUUUUUGGGGGGGGGGGCGAUAUCUUUAAUUGGGCCAGCUGAUGAGGUGGGAGAGAUGUUAGACAAGGAUUCAGGUACAAGCUACCCUUCCUCCGCCCUGCUGUCUCUGCUUCCUUUCCGGGCCUGCGGAAAGAUGCUGGAAGCUUCAAUAAUAACAGUUCUCCCAGCUAAUCAGCUGGUCCAGUAAAAGCCAUCACUGCUCUGAAGAGGGUUGAGAAGGCAAUGCCAUCUAGCGGUGAAGAACAGGAGCCAGGAUGCCGCCGUUCUUGCCCGCUCUGUCUUUGCGGCGCUCCCCAACCCCAAAACAAGCCAUUUCUCCUCUCUGGGCCUCCCUCUCCUUACAUGCAGUCAUCCCUGCUUGCUAUUAUUUAUUCGGCACGCUAGCUGCAAAGGCAUUUUACUGCCCUGCUUCGUGGAGGUGAAGCUUAAUUUGUGGUUUAUUGUUUGCAAGGUGCUGGGAGCGCUGGAGGAGAUAGCGGGGUGUGAAAGAGGGGCAGGAUAGUGCGGGGGUCUCGUUCUGGACGAGCGUGCCCACCACUGCCCUCAGGUGAAUGCUGUACCAUGUCCAAGGCCCUGUCUUGCUGUGAGUGUCACCUUUAACUUAAGCAGCAGGGUGCAGGAAUGAACGGGGUCUCUCUGCUACUGCCUAGACUCAGCGGCCACAACAGGCAGCGCGGAGUGCAUGGAAACAGGGUCUUUGCUUAACCAGUUUUGGGAAAGUACAGGCCUUCUCUGCCUGCAGCACCACGUUCUGCACAGUGAGUGAUAGUGCAUGUGGAGCUGAGGCUUCCCCAGGGCACAGGGCAGCAGGGGCAGGAGGCAAAGGGCCCAUUUCUAUGCACAGCAAAUGCCAUUACAACAAGGAGCAUGGGGCUAGAUAGCCACUGGAGUCGAGAGGAGGCCGCUUUGUGCCCAGAGUCCAGGUCAGAAAGACGCUUGCCUGUGUAACACUCGGCAGCUCCUCCCUGCAGAACAGCCACUGUCCACAAUCCCCAUCCAGACCAGAUCUGGCCCCCAGGCUCCUGCCCUGCACGGCCAACGUUGCCUCACCGCUCGGAGGAGCUGCGGCACUGGCUCUUUGCCUGUUUCUAAAAGCCUGGUAUUUUUUUUUCCCUUAUUUAUCUUGCUCUUAGAGGCCAGGUUUCCAAAAUGGGCUAUUCUCCCUGAGGCCGUACAGUGCAGACACGUGCUGCAGCCCCAAGACCACAGAGGCUGUGGAUAGCAAUGGAGCUGGAAGUUUACCAUGCCUAGCAGCAGCACCCUCAAAUGCACUGCACUGCCCUGGGCAGGCCAUGCCCUAAACCCAGUUAUCCAGGCGAGCUAAUUAAAACAGCUCAGUGACCAAGCCAAUUAGCCUGCCCUGUGCUAAUUAGCCUGCUGUGGGGCUAUCCUGCGCUCAGAGUAGCCCAGUGUGAGAAGGCACCAUGGCUGGACAUGACAAGUUUACUGCAUGGAUACCCUCAGUUCCCCUGGCUGCUGCACUUGCAGCAUGUAGACCAUGUGGAAGGAUACGGCCGAGCAGUACGAGCGUGCACAGCCGAGUCAGGAGCCCUAGGGUCUCGCUGGCAGCCUUGACCCCUUCCCUCUCUCUGUGUCCACACAACUGCAGCACCUCUUAAGAUGACCACAGGCAGAAGCAUCUCUUGCCCAAUUCCUGAUACAGUUCUUCUUUGAGGCUGUGGGAGAUGAGCAAAGAUCGUGGCUGUUCAGUGGCAAAGCAGAGCAGGUCUCCUUGAGGCAGGGCCUGAGCUGAUACUUGUCAUUGUGAUGAUGAUGCUGAUGCUUGGCCCCACAAAUGGUGUUAAAAAAGCCCAUGAGAAAUUGGAAGCAUAAAUAUCAGUGCCCUAGGCUGUGGGCUUCCUCUCUUCCUUCCUGAAUAGCCCUGUGGUCACUUCUGCCCCAGCAAGGGAUUGGCAGUCAGGAAGGGAGCCAGCCCUCAAGCAAAUAUCUGGGCAAAGAAUUGGAUGCACAGGCUGCAUAUGCAGAUAGCAGCAGGGGGGGUCUCCUUCCCCGGUGCCUGCCUCAGGGACUGGUGCAGGAGCAUCAUGCUCCCAAAGGAGCAAGCAACCAACUGUCACGCCAUCCUGCCCAUUGCUCAGCCCUGGGAGGCCACAGAUCCCAGCUCCAUCAGUUGUGAAAUGCACUGGCACGUGGGCAUCUUCCCCUUGGGGGCUGCCCCUGGCAUCAGCCAUUGUACUGGGCUGUUCCCACAGCUCUGCUCAGCAUGGGCCUUAGCCCAAGUGGCCUGGUGCCCCUUAGCACGUGGAGUACGGAGAGGUCAUACGUGGCUGUCAGCACAACGAUGUGGUACCUGAUGAAGUGGGUUCUUCCUGCCUUGACAGAGCCUUGAGACCUGCCCAACCAUGGGCUAGCGUUUUAGCCAGGUGCAGAGAUCACCUGGGACAGUGAAGGGACUCCUGGACCAGUUCCCCCUGCUUGCACCUCCGACGUGGUUCUGCAACUCUACACACACAGCCCCAACGGCCCAAUCUUGGACACCAGCAUCCAGGCCCCAGCAUCUCUCUAAGGCCCAUGUCCCUGAGACAUGGGCCUUAGAAGCAAACAGGCAUGGGUCUGACUCCCACUCGUACGUUAACCUUCAGAUCCACAUAGGCCAGAUGCUGAACCAAGAGACAAGCAGCGAGAACGGCAGAGCAAAACAGGCCUGUGCUCGGGGCUCUGAUCCUGGUCCUCAUCCCUGCUGCACAUCUUCAGCUGGUCAUUGAUAUCACGCCAUCCCUCUCCUCUCCCUUGCCAUCUGGCAAGAAGCAGGGCUUAUUUCUAACCAUUGCUGAAGAUGCCAACAUUUCUGCCCUUGGACUUCCAGCCUGGGAGCUUCUUCCUUUGUUUUCACCCUGUCCCAUCAUUGCCUCUACCUUGGACCCAUGCCCCUGAGCAUGCUAAGUUGAUCCUGCCCCCACCCUUCUUCUGAGCUAUGCAUGCCAUUGUGUCCAGAGUCCCUACGGUGUCAUCUGCACAGCAAGUCCUUGUUCAGUGUCUGGUUUUGUCUUUAAUUCUCGGGGGGAGGGGGGAGGCAUGAAAAUGGAGGAGCUGGGAAUUUCCUGCCGGCUCCUGCGGAAGGGUUCGUCAGCCCAGAACAUGCGCAUUUUUUAUAUGUAAGAAGCAUGUGAAAUACACCUGGGGGAAAAACCA